AUGUAUCGCCCCGGGCACGCGGAAGCAAAACGCCCGUCGUGGCCUGGGUGGAAGCUGUCGGAAGUUGCCGGUACGGUGACGCAGUGCGCCCCCAAUCGACCGCUGGGCGUGUCGACCAUGCACUCGCCAUGCACCGCUGCUGGCCCGUGCGCUCGCCUGUUCCACAACGCGUGUACGUUCCCCGCCGGCGCUCACCGCUCCCUUCACGGACAUCGCGCCCUGCACUCACAGCUGGACCUCGAGCUCGACACCUACUCACAUGUCCCCGAUGGUCUAUUACACAGGCUAAGCGUCGCUCCGACUGUCAAGCAGCCACCGCAAACGCGCCGCUCACCUUGUCUCGGCGAAACAGAACAAGAAACCCGGCCGGCGAGCGUCCUGCACGCGCGUGUUCGCAACGUGGACCCCGUCGAUGAACGUCCGCCGCGCGACCUCUCUGCUCCUGCGUGGCCUCGCCCCGCCCUUCACCGCACGCACACCCACACGGCCGCCGGACACGCGUUCCUCAGCCAUGCACUCAGUCACGCACUCCGCCUGCCUCGCCCGAGCCGCCCUCAGGAGGAGCCCCCACCCCCAUCGCACCGCAGCCAUCAUAAACAGGGCCACACCCGUCCGUAUCGUGCUUUCCUCCCGCACGCCCACAGCGCCCUCGAUUGA